AAAAAAAAAAAAAAAGGAAAAAGAAAAGCAUAAUACUCCUAUUACAUAAUUCUAAUUUGAUUGAACUUUUAUCUCCCUAUAAAUGUGAAGAGGGGGAAGCUUUUAGCUGAAGUUUUGCAACGGAGAGGUAGGGAAAAAAUAGCAUUAAAACUUUAUUUGAUUAACUAAGAUUUAAGAAGAAGAAGACGAAGGGAAUUUGGUGAGAAUAAUAAUAUAGUUUAAUUGGUUAGCUUUUUAGUGAUUUAUCUAAUAUUUUUUUUCGUUAUUAUUAAUGUAUUAAUUAAUAUGUGAUAUUGAGGGUUGGAUCCAAUUAUAAAUGUUCUAAGAUGGUGAUAUAAUAUUAGAGGAUUCAAUGAUAAAAUUAACUAAUGCUAAGUAAAAUUGAAUUUUAAAAGUUCUUUAUUGAAUUGAGAGAAAUGGAGCCAGUAAUAGUAGUAUUUAGACUUCUUUGGUCUCCCCGCUUUGUGUGUUGUCUCUGCUCUGCCGUUUUGAUCUGGCUUCACUCGCCGUAUUCUUCUCCUAGUCUGGCCGGAGAUCGCCUAUGUGAGACGGAAAUCCAGCCAUUUUUUUGAGGAACAAUGAGUUACCAAUCCUACCCACCUCCAGUUCCGAUCGUAGGGACACCCUAUGCUCCUCCCCCGCCGGGAUACCCAUCAGCACCGCCUCCGCCUCCGCCCGCACCCUACGAAGCUUAUCCCCCACCCCCACCUUAUGACGGUUAUCCUUAUCCUCCCCCGCCUCCUCCUCACCCCCAACCUGGAGCUUACCAAGCUUAUUUCAACCCCCGCCGCCUCCUUCCUAUGUCUACCAUCACGAUCAUCACCACUGCGAUCAUGACUCUUCUGGCUGUUUCUCUUUCCUCCGCGGCUGUUUGGCUGCGCUUUGUUGCUGUUGUCUUUUGGAGGAAUGCUGCUUCUGAGCUUCUUUCUUCCCAUUGUCAUGCAUUUGACUUGUGAUCGGGAAAAAAAAUUAAUUAAACUGGAGGUAUUUUAUAUCGCGACGGGAUAAUGUAUCUUUGUGGAUGUAAAGCCAAUUCAUCAAUAUUAUUUGUUGAAUUGUUAGAAACUGUUACCUUUAUUGUAAAGAAGAUUGUAUUCUGCUUCUUUUCCCAAAGGGUUCAUCUGCGUGAAGGUAAACCCCUUUAUUUAUUUCAUUUGUGAAAUAUGAAGUAUUAUUAUGAUUACUUUCUUAUCACCAUGCUUCUCUCCUUUCUUCUUUUUUCCACUCUCUAUACAUUGCUUGUAUCAUUCAUCGUGCAUAGGCGUGGUUAAUAAAAUAAACUGCU